AUGUUUGAGUGUAUGCUUGAGCCUCCUGCAAAAUAUUGUACCAUUUCUAGACAAGUUAAACAGAUCAUAAACAAACAUUGGAGUAUCCUAGAAUGUGACCCAAAUUUGAAUCAUUUAGCAGUGUCUAGACCUCAUUUUUGCUUCAGGAGAGGGAGAAACAUCAGAGAUUUUGUUGUCAGUUCCAUGUAUAAAGAACCCACUCAAACAAAUUGGCUUUCAUUACAGCUUUAUGGGAACUAUAGAUUUGACACUAAAAUAUUUAACCAUCCACAUUCAGGAAAGAAAUACAACAUAAAAGAAUGUAUUAAUUGUCUAUCUACCCAUGUUGUCCGUGUAUUGAAAUGUCCAUGUGGCUUAAUGUAUGUGGGCCAAACUAAACGGAAUCUCAAAGUGAGAGUGGCAGAACAUAAGGCAGCCAUUAGAAAUGAGAACAUGGAUUAUGCCAUUUCUAGACAUUAUAGAGAGAAAAAACAUGGUUCGGCCACUACCCUUAAAUUUAUUGGCAUUGAAAUAUUGCGUCCUAAUCCAAGAGGGGGUAACUUGAUUAACCAACUUUUGAGAGGGGAAGCUUUUUGGAUUCAUGAAUUGAACACAAUUGAACCUCAUGGACUGAAUGAGACACUACAUUUGAGCCCAUCCCUGUGAUGUUGAAUAUUAUGUCUAGCUCUGAGGUGGGUUUUUCCUUUAGAGAAAGUUAAGAUUCUGAAUGUCCUACCCUCCCCUUUAGGGAUAUAUGCUAGAGUUAGGAACA